AUGAACUUGACGGACGACAGCUGCAGCCCCCCCUCAGUGGAGUAUCAGUACCACCUCUUCCCAGUUAUCUACAUCCUGGCGUUAGUCGUGGGUCUACCUGGAAAUCUGGCUGCUCUCUUCGUCUUCACCUUCAAGAUCACCCCUCGCACAGCCUUCAGCGUGUUCAUCAGCAACCUGGCCCUGGUGGACAUCAUCAUCCUCUGCACCCUGCCCUUCAGGAUCCACUACCACCUCAACAGAGACGACUGGGUGUUUGGGGACGUCGCCUGCCGCAUCACUGGGGUCCUGUUCGUCUCAAACAACUACAUGAGCAUCGGUUUAAUGGCUUGUAUCUGUGUGGACCGCUACAUGGCCACGGUGCAUCCUCACACCUACCAGAGGCAGCGGAGGCCCUGGCUCUCUCUGGCCGUGUGCGUGGCGCUCUGGUGCGUCGCUGGAGUGUUGAUGCUGGUCUUCAUCCUCUUGGGGCCUCUGGAAACCAACGUCAACCAAUCUGAAAGACACAGCUGUUUCGAGAACUUAUCCAAGCAUGAGUGGGACACGCGUCUGAAGGUGUACAACCUGCUUGGCCUGAUCUUAUUCUCCCUGCUGCCCGACUUGAUCAUCCUGGUGUGUUACCCGCUGGUUGUAAGGCGCAUCUCCAUGAUCAGGACUAAUACAGCCCAAAGAGCCUUGAGGGUUAUUUACACCAUCCUGGCCAUCACGCUGCUCUGCUUCCUGCCCAACCACGUGGCAAAUCUGCUGCACCUCCUGCAACGCAUGGAUGUCAUCAAGAGCUGCUCCUCGGCAAACCGCAUUUUUGAAGCCAGGCGGGUAACCAUGGCCCUCGUCACCCUCAACACGUGCCUGGACCCCGUGCUGUACUAUGUCACCACCAGCCACUUCAAAUGGAGGCGCUUGAAGAUGACAUGGCUGUGUGGACGAGAGGAGAUGCGCAGAGAUGUUAGUACGAUUGCUGUUGACCUAGAGAACUGAUCCUGUUGAUAUAUAACAAAUAUAACUCAGCUUCCUUGUCUUUAUAUGGAACCGGAGACUUUUCUAGAAAAGUGUUUAUUAAAAUUGUCAUUUCACAUCAAAAUAAAGGGAAGGAUCGAAAAUAUGCUUUUCUUUAUAUUGUGCAGUUCUGUCUCGUAAUGAGUCUUCAGCAAGCAGACGUUAAGAAUCAACAUUUUUCAUGUUAAAGGAAUGUUAUUUUAUAUUUUUUAAACUUAAAACAGAAGAAAUUGACCUGUGCAAAGAUUUAGGAAUUUGAUCAAGUUAUUGUAUUUCUUUUUAAGUUCAUUAAAUAA